AUAUUUUGCCCGUCUUUCGGGAGCUUUUCCCCCACCGCGAGGAGCCCUACGCGGAAAGUUCAGGCGGCCGGCGGCAGCCGCGGCGGUGGCGGCGGCGGCAGCGGCGGCGGCGCGGGGCGCUCGCGUGCCUGCUGGAGGCCGCCGCCAGUUGCGCGCGGGGCUCCGCGGGGAGCGCUAGCGCCGGACGUGCGCUUCGUCGCCGUGCGCCGUGGCGUGGCCGAGGCGAUGCGGUGCAGCCGGGCGGCCCCCGCCGCCGCUGUCGGACCGGUGGCGUUGCUCGUGCUGUGCGCGGCCGGUGCUGCGAUGUGCGACCCGGUGUCGCGUGAGUCGAAACGCGAGUCGGUGACGCGAGGAGCGGGCGCUCGUGAACCGGUUCAACGAACCGAAGGUGCGGUACCUCGUACGGUAGUGAUGUUCGAUGGGAGUGUAUUUAACUCGAAUGAGCGUGUGGUGCAGAUUCCGGGUGAUAGUGGUGUGGUGAGAGGAUCUUCAGCAUCAACUGACGUAAUACAGAGUGAUUCGACGACCCCCCACAGUCCGGUUCAUACUUUUGUGGUGACGCGAAAAUCUGUGACCGCUGAUGUGAAAGACCCUGGUAGAAAUACCCGUGUUAUGAUGAAUCCUAAUGUGGUAAGUGAUUCGAAUAGGCAAGAUGUGGUGGCGCAUGGUUUAUUGAGUAGUGACGCACCUCCGAGUAGCGGUUUAACUGUUAACUCGUUUGCGAGUGUUGCUAGCUCUGUUGACGUUUCUGAACGUUUGCGAAACUCACCACAGGAUAUUCAGAUUUCCUCUGAGUGUAGGGAGUGUCCAGAAGUUUCAGUGAAACUGAGUGACGAGUCUGAACAAGAAAAGAGUUCGAGAACUAUGAGACAUGUAGGUGUGUUAGGGAUUAAUAAACAUAUCGUAAAUACAAAUAAAGACUUUAAAGAUGAUGGAAGGAAGAAGCCACCAGAUAAAUUAAAAAAUAUUAUCCAGAAAAGAAAUGCUCGAUACAAUAUUCUGGAAACAGAACAUUUGACUAUCCCUCGCAAGUAUAUGCUCUCUGUUAUAGCUUCAGAAUUUCCAGAACUUCAAACUGAUGAAAGAACUGUUCUAGAUAAUGAUAAACGCGAUGGUGAAAAUAAUUGGCGACUGACUAAUUCGAGAAAUGUAUUUGAAACAAAUAACUUAAAUAGAAUUGCGAGUAAUAACGAUGUUAAGACAAUAGCUUUAGGUAAAAAGUGGAGCACACCACAAAUCAGGUCAAGUAAUGAUGUGGUUCUGCGACACAGAGUAAAAUCUCCAAUUAGAGGGAGAGAGGUAGUAAACCGUGCUUGUGAUCGUCCAGGCGCUGAUGAUGACACAAAUAACGAGGCAGUUAAUGAUAAAACUAAACGAGCGUCAAUAAAUCUACGGCAUUUGACUACUAUUUUAGAAUCGUAUAAUGAAGCAAAACUAGUCGCAGAAAUAAAAGACCAAGUUAAACGUAAUUUUACGGUUAGUGCAAAAAGAACCGUUCCUCCCAUUAAUCGCAGUGAGAUAAAAUUUUAUCAAGUAUUAGAGAAGUUAGUGAAUAAAUCUAUUACAACCGUAAUAGGACAUAUACACACUUCAAGAGACAACAAUUAUUCAGAUGCAGAGGGGACUGUGCAAAUGAUGGACUAUGAAAUGAGGGAUAAAGUGAGAAGUGUACGUAGCGUAAGUGCUGUUGAUGGCAGUGUAAAGAUUGAAUGGAACUGGCAAAAUGCAGCUAAGAAUCGUGAUGAUAGAGUCAAAAUAGCAUCAGACUUUCUACCAGAUGACAGCGUAACAAAAGGUGAGAUACAUGUUAGUAAUACUGAAAACAUCCAAGAGGAAGUCGGGAAAAUUGAAAAUCAGGUUGUGACAGGAAGCACGGUACAAGGCGAUCUAGAAGUGAAUAGUAAAUCAGAAACUAGAGUGAAAAUCGAUGAUUAUUUUCAGAAGACUGAAGAAACUGAAAGUAGUUCUGUCAAAAGUACUCAAGAUUCGAGAGAACCGAGUUAUGGAUAUUCCACAUUACCUCCGAAUGUUCCUAAACUUAUUCCAACGAACGAAGAGGAAGAUCAAUCAGGACAUCUUCAUCCAGAAAGGCUUCAGUUGCAUGACACAUUAAUAAAAUAUGUUCCUAGUAAUGACUAUGUCAUGUUGACGCCUAAUGGAACUGAGAUGUAUACCUCAACGGAGGCAAGUGAAGUAAAUGGAAGCCUAACCGACUGGAGCACCGAACAUGAUAUUAGUGGAACAGUUGUAAAGGAGGAAGUCUUGAACAAAUCAGGAAGUACAGAAACAGAUGCAAGUGACAUGACACAAUUACAUCUUCAACCAGAAAUGCCUGAACUGCAUGACACAUAUCAUGAAAGAAUGAAAUAUGUUCCAAACAACGACUAUGUCAUGUCGACACCUAACGGAACUGAGAUGUAUACCUCAACGGAGGCAAGUGAAGCAAAUGAAGGCUUAACCGAACGGACCGCCGUACGUGAUAUAAGUGGAACAGUAGUAGAUGAGGGGCUAGAAGUUUCAAAGAAUUCAGAUCUAAGUAUUUCUCUCAAAACAAUAAAUGCGCGUCACGAACCAUUCACUUCUAACUCAAAUGUCACCAUUUAUCACAAUUCAUCAGUACGGAAUAGUACUGUUCUUUCACCAGAGAUAUCUGUCAGUACGGAAGGGUCAAAAGUGACCAAUGAAUUAACUUCAACUUUGCCAUUAAAUUUUUCCAUUACGGAAAACCCCCUGCCAACUGAUAGUAUUAAAACCCCGCACAGCCCAGCUAGAACGACCUUCGCGAACGUGGAGGAAAUGUUAUCUCAAGCGUCGACGGAGCAAAAAAUUGUAAUAGAACGCCCGUCAACGACUGCGGGAAAAUCGAAUUUAGCCAAAGAAGUAACUAGCGAAAGAUUAGAAGUGCGAUAUCCUGCAACGCAGCUAACAGUACAGGAAACGGAGCCUUUGAAUAGAGUUACAGAAGAGACACCUUUAAGUGAACUGAUUGAUGGUGAUAUGAAAGCACCAAAAGUGGAGUACUCGAGCAAACCGGACAAAACGCGAAAUGGAAAGGCGUUGGAAUCAAGGAGUUUCGUUUCGACAAAUCUCACCCAGCCAGAUUUGGAAAUGGAAAGUGGAACAAUCGAAGAGUUAAAUAGUGAAGAUGAAUCGGAAUCAAGAGACACAAUAACACAAGGGUCAUCUACUGGCCCUGGAUUGGAAACCAGUGCUCAAACAAUUGAAGAAAUUUCUAGUGAACAGCGGUUGAACUUAGGAAAUAGUACGACAGAACUGAUGCCUAAUGAACAUGAGUUGGAAUCGAGAAAUUCGACAACAGAAGACAAACACCCGCUGGAAUUGAUAACUGAGAGAAAACCCAAAACUUCUCCAGGCGAUUACCAUGUGCCUGUAUCGAUAUUACCGGAUAACGCAACUCAUGAGAUAGGCGUGGAUGUAGUCGAAGACAAUGUUAGCGGUCGUGACACGGGCGUGAAAUAUACUGAACACACGGAAAAGGGGACUCAGAUAUAUCCAAAAUCUCCCCCACACGGGCACCCGGUGUCCACGUCCACAAUAGCACCGAAUAACAUGACACAUGGAAUGGGCGAGACACUCAGAAACAGCGAUGCAAAACCGAACUCUUCCCCAAGCGAUCAUUCUAUUCCCAUCCCAACAUCAGCACCAAAUAACAUCACUCGUGGAAUGGGCGUGGCAGUAACGGAAGGCAACAACCACGGCGGAAAACCAAACACCUCCGCAAGCGACCUAACGAUGCUUAUGUCAACAGCCGCCCCGGGGAGAGAUAUUCAUGCACUGGGCGUGGCGAUGAUCCAAAGUCACGACAACGGUCCAAACUCCAACUCAUCGUCAACCGACCCCCUGGUGCCCAUGCCAUCAUCAGCGCCGGGGGCCGUGCUUCACGCAUUGGGUGUGGCCAUGAUCGAGGGCAGCAGCGACGCCGCGGGUUCGACGGCCGCCACCACCGCCACCGCCACCGCCACCGCCGCCGCCGCGGCCGCCUCCGCGCCGCCGCAGUUCGACCUGCUGGACCGGCACCUGGCGUGCGCGCGGGCAGACGAGCUGUCCGGCCCGGCCAACCCUUCGCGCUGCACCUACGAGUGGGACGGCGCCGGCGGGGACCUGCCUCUCGUCCGCUGCGAUCUGUUCCAAGCGCUGCCGGGCCAGCGCACGCCGAGCGGCCGGCUGUGCCUGUACCCGGUGUCGUAUACGGUGGUGCGCAGCGAGGCGCUGGGCGACCUGAGCGGGUCGGUGCUGCGCGAUGACCCGCUGCUGGAGACGCUGCGCAGCGAGCGCGACAAGCAGACGCUCACCGUGGUGCUGUCCCACGGCUUCCGCCAGGUGGCGCUGCGCCUGCGCCACGACGCCAUCGGCCCGCGCGGCCUGCUCAACAAGGACCCCUGCAGAGGCUGUAAACCUGAAGUAUGGAUCUUCCAGUACAAAAAGGACAUCUCAGUGGCGAGGUUGUACUUAAACCGCGCCUUUGGCUUGUCGAUGCUCUUCGAGCCGGCGUACGUGAACCUCGCGAAGUUUUGGCUGCAGCGGCUGAAGCCGGAGGCUUUCUUGGAAGAGCUGGAGGUGCACGGAGGGGAAAGUUGGGGCAACCCGGGUGCGGAUCUCCUGCCAACGCUCAGUCGGUUGCGGCGCGUUGACCUCGCCGAGAAUGGAAUUUCGGAAAUCCCUCUAGAAAAUUUCGAAAGAAACCCUUGGAUUGAAGAGCUGUUUCUAGCCCGCAACAAGUUCUCCACGGUACCUGCUGGAAUAUCUUUGCUGACGAAUCUGCACAUUCUGGACAUGUCUGGAAACCUCCUCAUCACACAAGGAUUGGCACUCACUCUGCAACCUCUCACAGAAUUAAGGAAACUCAACCUGUCUUUCGUGCCACUAAGAGAUUUCGAAGUUCUGUCUCCGGAGUUUGUUAGUCACGAAAGCAGUUACGAGAUUGACAACCUGAAUGCAACAUCUUAUGAUAACAUGCUGCCCCAGCUCGAGGUGCUGGACGUGUCAAUAGGCUCCAUCCGCAGCGUGAGCUCGCCGGCCGCGCAGCGUCUGCUGAGCCAGUGGCCGCGCAUGCGCGAACUGCACCUCGCGCGCAAUCCGCUAGGCGCGCUGCUGGCGGACCUCCCCGCGAGGCUGCCGGCGCUCCAGGUGCUGGACCUGUCCGGAUGCGGGCUGCGCGCGGGGCCGGCGCUGCGCCUGGCGCCGGGGCAGCGCCUGCUGCGCCUGGACGUGUCGUCCAACGCCCUGGAGGGCCCCCAGGGGCUGGUGGCGGCA